AGUUUGCCGCGCGAACGUAAACUCUCGGUCGGUUCAGCCUUUACGUGGAUGGUAUUUUCGCGAGACAUCAUGAUAUACCAUCCUCCGGCUUGCGGUGGCACACGUGAAUUGUGAAAGAUAUGUAACUCCGGCGCGAUUAGUUUCGAUAUCCAGCCGGAGUGGCCGGUCAACGAACGCUCCGGAAGCAAAUGGAUCUAUACAUCUGAAUGGCAAUAAAGCCUCUCGUGCGUGAAAGACCGGAUGUUGUCAAGAUCGACCGAACGUUUGAAUCUACCGAGAGAGAGAGAGAGACUCGAAGGAGGAUCACUCGAUAAAAGACAUACCGGUAACGGUAGUAACGCGUUUGAAAAUAGUGGCAUUCGUCGAAGAGGAUCAUGCGUAAUAGGUCAUCUGCUGGGAAGAGAAUAAGCGACGAGAGCAGAAAGGCGAGAAUCGCGCGUGAUACGACAGCGAGCGAAAUUAAUUAAACGGUAAAAUUCGAGCACCUCUUAUCACGUCGCGUGAAAAAUCGCGAGUGACAGCGAUGACAAAGUGACAACAAAGUGUCGAAUCUUUCUCUUGUUGACGGAAGAACGCGCAAGAAGGGGAUGAAGAUGAACGACGUCACUCCGGAGAGCUCUGGCACGUCGGGCGGAAAUAACAAUAGCAUCAAUGGAAAUGGCAAAGCGUCGGCUGCCGUGACAGCCAAUGGCGGCGAGGGGAUCAGCGCAGCCGUCGCUAAGGUUCUUCAGGGUUACGACUGGACCCUGGUACCCGUCGCCACCAAGGGUUCCGGCGACAAAAGAGCGGCCCAUGUCAAGAGGCCCAUGAACGCGUUUAUGGUGUGGGCCCAAGCUGCGAGGCGAAAACUGGCUGAUCAGUAUCCUCAGCUUCACAAUGCCGAGCUGUCGAAAACGCUAGGAAAACUAUGGCGGCUCCUUUCUGACAACGAUAAGAAACCCUUCAUCGAGGAGGCCGAUCGGCUGCGCGUGAUCCACAAACGCGAGCAUCCCGACUACAAGUACCAGCCCCGACGUCGGAAACAGAACGGACCUUCCGGUCGCGAGAGCUCGCCCUCGCGAAAUCAGAGUAACGUGACGUUCAGCGUGUCCAGAUCGUUGAAGCAGGAGGACAUGAGUCCCAGGGGCGUUCAAGGGCCUAAUUCACCGCAAAGCGGCGUGAGCUCUUCGCCACCCACGACACCCAGUCAGGGUCUUUCACCGCCGACCCCACCUACGACUCCGAGAGGACAACACUACGUCAAUCAGAACAAUCAGCUUCAGCAGAACAACACCGUAUACUAUCAGGAGUUGGUGAGCACGCCGUCGAGCGAGUCGCCGCAUCAGCCGGCCGUCGAUCUUCGAUACAUCGAGGUCGGAGACGGUCUGCCCGGCGAAGAAAACGGUCUCGGCACGUUGGGCGGGCUCGGUCUGAAUCUCCCGGUGAAUUUUCAGGAGUGCGAGCAGGUUGAGAGCAACGAACUCGACCAGUAUCUACCACCCCAAACCGCACCGAUACAUCAGUAUCCACCCGUGCAAGUCACCACCGCUUCGCAAUGGUUACUCAACAGAUACGAGGAAGAGAUCGAGAGACCGAUCAAGCGCCACUGUUCGGAACAAGCGGUCGCGGAGGUGUCCUGGGACGACAGGACACAGGAGAUGGUGAGGUAUCACGAACUACAGCCGCCUCUUCCGCCAGUCCAGUAUAUAUCCGCCGCUCAUAAUGCGCAUCAUUCGACCACGCAGAUGGCACAUUCGCACGUGUCCGCACCCUACGCGCAGUAUCAUCGCUACGUACCUGGCAUCGAGACGUGGCCGAAUUAUAUGUAGACCGAUGAGGUAAACAACGACGGCUCGUUAUUUUAUCGGACUUGUCGACGCAUCUCUUAGAUCCGAGGUCGAGAAAUGAAUGAAUGCCAAAUUCGCUAAAAAUCCAAAUCCAGCGUUAUCAGCGCUGCGAAUUUAGAGAGAGAGAGAGAGAGAGGAGAGUAUCAAUAUAUAUAUAUAUAUAUGACACUUUGUAAGCGUUACAGAGUCGUUUUUCUGGAAAUUUGCGACCAAAGCUAGAAUCUUAUCGCUCCAAUUCCGCGUAACGAGUAUCAUGACGAUUACACGCGAACUCGUAUGAAUCGUUCUCAAAAGUAAUUAAAAGAAGCCAAAUAAGAAGGAGUCUGUCGCGUCUAAUUCGCGCAUUUUAAACAACGAAGAGUAUGUAAAAGAGCAUAAUAUAACAUUUAUAUAUUAUUGUGAAUAUAUAUUCCGGAAAUAUGAACAAAAUUCGUGACAAAUGUCUUUCCUCGCCCGACUUGAUCGAGGAAAGUGAAGGGUCGGUCGCACACUGGUCCGCACAAAUCAACUACGAGAGACUCUCGAAUCUUUAGUAGAGCCAAUUUUGUUUACCGAUUUAUAAAUACCGGUCUUUUUCUUCCGUACAAGCUAUCAGUCGAAUUAUAAAGUUGAGCGAAAUCUUCAAAUUCUCUGCGCAUUUUUCAUCAACAAGUGCUAAAUUGAUAUAAAUGGUUUAUCGUGGUAUUUAUCAAGACGUCACUCUUGAACGUUUAAUCGCUUUUGAAAUGAAUGCGUUAUGGAAAUCGACCGGGAGCGAAUUGGCCAUUCUCCGGCUUGAGAGUCUCUACUAUGUGGACGAGGCGCGGCCGCUGCUACUCACCAUGACAUCAUUCCAUGACAGCCGGCCAUUCCAAAGCGCAGAAUUUCAGGCCAAACAAACAGGCCGCUCGAUAUACACGCGGUGCCCCGACGCGUUCCGAAUGUAAUAAUAUAUAUAUAUAUAUAUAUAUAUGUACGUGCGAGACGCGCGCGAGACGUUUGAGACGCGCGAACGCUAUAAACCGUCGAUCGGUCGGUUCGCAGCGGGCACGCUCACGCACGUCUCGUUCAAAUAAACCGCUGAAACACGAUCGAGGGUGGCAACAAAUGUGCCUGGCGAUUUGCGAGUUCGAAGUAUUUCGGGCGUUGUGUCGUUGAAAUCUUGGCGACGAUCGCGCCCCGGGAGAAAAAGAUUGGAUGAAAUUGCCGUUUUCCGUUUACGAGAAUUGAUCGAAUCGGGGACAAUCGGUGUAUCGAAGACCACAAAUCAGCCUGACAUCGAGCGUUCGGUAAUGUACACGAGCUUACAGAUAGAUCCAUAUUAAAAUACGUAGAUCGCGUAUAUUAUACAUUAUUAACACUUAAUAGUUGUUAUGCCAACAAGCAGAGAGAGAGAGAGAGAGAGAGCGAGCUGCGCUUUUGUACUUAGAUAUUUAUUCACCACGUUACGAAGAAUCGAUAGAUUAACGUUUCGACGUAGUCUUGCACGUUCAAAGGCGAGCA